UGAAAAAAGGAACCAUCCCCUUCUCUGAGUAGAGUGGCAAAAGGUGAAAACUUAGUCUGUCCCGGGAGCACCCAAACAAAGCACUAAUCCCCCUCUACUCUCUCCAGCAGCGGUGCUUCUGACCUUGUUGAAUGCCAAGACAGAAAAAUGAUGGCAGUAGCAGCUCUUUGGUGCUUCCCCUCAAGGGAAUGCCAAGAGGAAUUGAGUUUUGACAGAUUUAAAUAAGAUAUUUGUGUAUGUCUGUCAGCUUUUCUGAGUAAAAUCAGGCAAAAUUACCACAUUAAGUUAAAGGCUAUAAUCACCGCUUUGUCUUUUCAUUCUUUUUGAUAUGUGCUCAUUUUCUUGGCACUGCCUUAAGUUUUACCCUCGACUUAUACACGGGUCAUAUCAAAAUCCAUACUUUUGACUCCAGAACCUGCCCUCAUUUCAUACAUGAGAUUGAGAUAUAGUCGAGUAUAUACACUACAGUACUUAAAUGUGCAACUCAGGCCUUCACUGGAUACAGCAUCAAAGCAAAAAAACAUAGUCCUAAAAAGCCCAAACCAACAUGUAAUCACUGGGCCCCAAAAAUACGAGUGAACAGGCAAAUAUUCAACUUGAUGCCAAAAAGAGACUAAUAGUGGUACCAAUCAGGCCUCCAAACGAAAUGCAAUUUAGCUUCUUCAGCCCUGUAUGAGAAGCAUGGGGUAUUUGGGCCUAUGUGUUGGAGAGUUGGAUAAGGGGAUGUAAGGGUCCUCUUGAAGAAGAGUAAUAGUGGAGAUGCCAUGUUACAGUGGAUCAGGGUUAAAACUAGCUAGAGACUUUCAGUUGUAGGUCUUAACCCUCCCCUCACUAUUUCUUCCUACUGCCCACUUUUGAGUUAGUCUCCAGUGUGGGAAUUACAAAGGGUGCUAGAAAUCUCUUGUCCAUUAUCUUCUUAAUUAGAGCAAUACGUGUAUCCUCUUAAUUAGAGUAGUGAAUAUAAGUGAUACAUCAGUACGCAAUGGGAUCUUAGAGCACCUAUGAGAUUAACUGAAAGAAAGAAGCUGGUAGCAUAAGCUUUGAUAGACUUGAGCCUACUUCUUCAGAUACAUGCUCAUGUAAGUGAUACAUGUAUUCUUUUCCAUGUGUACACCCACAUCUAAGAAUUUGGCAGCCAUAGAAUGCUCCAGAUGUGUUGGAGUAUAAUGCUCACAGCUCCUAACCAGCAUAGGCAUUGUGCACUGUAGUCCAAAAAUGUAAAGGGUACCAGGAUUGGGAAAGCCUUAAAAGAGACUGCUAGAAUUUCAGUGUUGAGGGGGAGCACUGCAGUAAGUCCAAAGUGCAGUGAAUAUACAGAUGCAAGAGGGAUGUCCACCAGAGAGGAAAGGAGAGUUGCAUUUAAUGAAUGCAUUCUGAACUGGCUGGCAAAAACCAACUGUAAGAAGGGAGGAAAGGGAUACAACAGGCUACUUAUGUUCAAAAGAGAGCACCCUCAAACUUCUCUCCCUUUCUCUACAGGAGAUCUGACCCUUGACCCUGAGACAGCCCAUCCCAACCUAGUGAUCUCUGAGGACCGAAAGAGUGUCAAGUUUGUCGAACAGCGCCUACGAGAUCUUCCCGACAGCCCAAGGCGCUUCACCAUAUACCCCUGUGUCUUGGCAACAGAAGGAUUUACCUCAGGCCGGCACUACUGGGAGGUAGAAGUGGGAGAAAAGACCCAUUGGGCCCUGGGGGUUUGCAGUGACUCAGUAAGCCGUAAAGGGGAAAUGACCUCUCUGCCAGAGACUGGUUAUUGGCGGGUGAGGCUGUUCAAUGGGGACAAGUAUGCUGCCACCACUACUCCCUUUACCCCACUCAACAUCACCAAUAAGCCCAAGCGAGUAGGUGUCUUCCUGGACUAUGAGGCUGGCAAGCUUUCCUUCUACAAUGUGACGGACCGUUCCCAUAUUUACACAUUUACUGACACCUUCACUGAGAAGCUUUGGCCUUUUUUUCUACCCAGGGAUCCGUGCUGGCCGUAAAAACGCUGCCCCCCUCAUUAUUCGGCCACCCACGGACUGGGAGUGACAAAGGGACCAUGUUCUGUUAGGAUCAGCCCUCAGACACACAAAGUGGAGUUUUAACAGCUUGGCUUCUCAAUGAAGGGGAAGCAGCAGGAAGCAGUAACUGGGGAUUCGAGCCGCAUCAUCCCUGACCAGGCGAGAUGAAGCAGCACAGAGGCAUUGGAAAACCACACUGUUUUAUUUUAGGCUUGGUUUUUGAUUCAAGGAACAUGCCAGUGGAGAAGGAAAACAGAGAUGUUUAUUACAGCAAACAAAGAUGUUUGUGGUUGUCAAAUAUACAGGAGAGACAGUGAAAAGCAUAUGUCCUUCUGUAAUCCCAAACCUCUGAGUGGGGUUUUAUAUACAAUAUACAACUGCCCUGGUGGUUCUUUUUUUUCCUUUUUUUAAAGCUAUUGUCUUUGCAUUGGCUGUGGGCAGAGCUGCUCAAAAAUGUGUAUGAAUUAAAGGGCAAUUUUAUGUUCUGUUAAACAGGGCAGGUGUAUGUUACAUGGGCAGUUGAAGAAUGUAAUGUUACUGUGAAGGGCUUAGAAUGAAUUCAUCAUCUUGCAUGUAGAGAGCAUGGAGGAAAAAUCUCAUGUUCACUGUAACUUGUUUUUAAUUGGCAACUUGGGCUGUACACAGACAGCACCCCACUGCAAUCUUGUUAGAGGGUUGUAUCAUACCAGUGUAAGACACUAAAGGAGGCCAUGCUCAGAACAUCUAAUCUGAAGCACCCCAGUGUGCUGUUUUGUGACUGUUGCUUUUGAGGCAGUGAGACAAAUGCCUCAUUGCAGUUGUCCCAAUUGUAGAGCCAUGACCAGCAACGAUGUGGUUGGAAAUCCAAUAUGUUAGUCCCCAAUGGAGUUGUCUAGUAGGGUUCAGUCAAGAAAAAUACACAUCUCCCAACCCCUUUAUUCACCUUCCUACAUUGGCAGAAGGGCUGAACCCAAAUGUGGGUGCAAUGGUGCCUUUCAUAUAAUCUCAACCCUCAGGCAAAAUCAACAGCAACCCUACUUCCAACACAAAGAGACUUAAUGCUGGUUUGGGAAGAGAGAACAGGGUCGGGAAGAAAUGUUUCCUGCCCCAAAGUGGAGGGAAGUCUGACUGGCUUCACUAUGGUGUGAUGUGAACCUGCUGGUUCAGUAGUCCCUGUGUAGCUAAUGUUGCCUUAAGAAAACAACAAUUUUGGUUUGUGGGGUGGAGGACAAGGAGCAAAGGAAGUGGUGCUGAAGAUUGGGAAGAAAAGCAGUUGCAAUUGAAUGGCAAACAAUAUUUUGAAAAGGGGUGGAUGGGUGGGUAUGUAUUUUAACUUUUAUACCCUAUCACCAUUUCUUUGGCCCUGAAAGAUAUAAUCAGUGAAAAUUCAUUGCAGUUUCUUGAGGGGAGGUCCAAUGUAUGAUCUGGUUUAAAAACCACUAGUGUGUCCAUUUUAAUUAGCAAAGUUCUGUUCAGGCUGAGGGAAAUGGAAAUAAAGUGGAAGGAAAAAGAGGUUCUUAACCAGUUUUGAAUUAACUGCAUUGGUUGUAUCUGUUUACAAAGAUACUAAUAUGUCAAAAGACCUUGUAGAUUCCUGCGUAGGUAUUGAAAGGGUUAGUUACGAAUUACCAGCCAACUGAGAUUCUGAGUCUUUUGUGUUUAGAAUUCCAUUUUUAAUAGAGUUCUCUUUAUUUUUAUAACCUUGAUCUUCUUACAAAGCUGGUAUAAACACUUCCUGCUACUAGACAGCCAUUUUACUUGAGGUGUGUUCCCUUGGUCAGGACUGAUACCAAAGGUUUCAUGUUUGGAAGGCCCUGAAAGAGGCAUCAAUUUACUUUCUGAGGCUGUGAAGUACACAAGGGUUAGAUCCUGAUGUGCAGAAAGGUGUCUGACUCCUGGUAAAUUUCAGAAGAGAGUCUGCUCCUUGCUAAUCACCUGAGCUGAAUUAAAUGGAAGAUGGGGAAAUAGGGAUGUCUGUAGUUGGAGCUCUUCUUCAGUAGCUGAAGCAGAGUUAAAGGUAUGAGUAUAUGUAAUUAGGAUAUACUUGAAUGUAAGAUAUACAUGAUGAGUAAGAAUUCCACCACCUUUGAACAUGGUGGUGGAAAUCCCAACAGGAUAAUUUCAGUCCAUCUAGGACAACCUCAGUCUGAUACCUUCUGGAUGUGUUUUGACUACAGUCCCCAUCAUCCCUAUCCAGCAUGACCAUUCGCCAUCUAGAAGUCACUAGAUUAGAAAUGGCUGCUUUAAGGGUUGACUUCAAGAUUCAGUCUCAGGUUAGUUAUUGGCUUUCCACUGAUACACUGGUGGCUCUCAUCUGAAUUGCCAUGACCACUAGACAAAUGAGAAUCCAGCCCAUUAGGCCCAGCUUGCCUCUGCCUUCAAAAUAGUGAUUACUUCAAGUUGCACGAUUGAAUUGUGUGUGCGUGCGUGCAUCUGUAUGUGUGUGUCUGUUAAUACAGUUGAGGAAGGUUGGUUUGAGUGCUUUGGAUCCUUAAGCCUGGGUGGGCUGGGAGAUUUUCAGCAAUCCACAGCUUAGAGCAAAUCACUCAUGUUGUGGCUUGUAAAGUUAUAAAUAAAAUAUCCUGUUUUCAUUGACAA